UCUGGCGUACAUGCUAAAUCACUUUAGACUCUCAUGUUUUGCAGCACCUUAACAAAAGUUGACAAGGACAGAUGAAGGGGACCCCCCCCCCUCUCAGCCUGACAGGAAGGCAUUGUUUUAAAGGUUUACUUAUCCUUUAUGGCAAUUUUCACGCGUAAGGACGCCGAUUGCACGUUGUCAUGGAGACCAGUCCCCAGAGUUCCUGUACAUGUUGUACACAAAACAUCAGACGCACAGAUUUAUUCGACAGCAAAUCACCGCCGCGGAACACAAGAAGCCAGAACCAUGAAGGGCUCAGUCUGUAGCGAGGAAGGGGAACACGGCCCAGAGGAGACGCCCAUAUCAGCUCUGGCUCCACAGGCCGAUUCUCAGGAAGAAAUCCUGGCGUUGGCCGCCACGAACCCUGCCAUCCAGUGUCUGGAAGAGCUUUGCUCUGCUGGGAAACUGACUGGGGCCAGAGCUGCCGAAUUAAAAGCAAGUGUUAAGCAGCUGCAAGACACCUUGAAAAGCUUGCAGGAGUCAGAGGUGCGGCUGCUGCAAGAGGCCAAAGGUUACACCUCGGAGCUGCAGCGGCAGCAGUGGGAGCUGGAGAGGGCCGAGCGCUUUGACGAAGCCCCCAGCACAGAAGCAGGCGGCAUGAGGCAGCAGGUCCUCAACUUAUCCAACGACCUGUGGCUUUCCGAGGAACGCCAGUCCCAGCAGCAAUUCCAGCUGGAGAGAUUGGAAGACAGAAGGGCUGUCCUUCACAUGGAAAGAAGGCCCCAACUCAAAGCAGCUGAGCUGGAAAAGAAGGUCGAGGGCUUGAGGGAGAGCUGCGAGGAGCUGAAGAAGGAGAUCACCCAGAGACAUGUGGAGAUCAAGAGCCUGGAGGAGAAUCUGGAGGCCAAGCAGAAGCACCUGCAGGACAAGCAGCAGGAAUUGCAUGGCAAGAAUGAGGCUAUCGAGCUGUUUGAGGCUCAACUGGUCCAGCUCCUUUCCGUGCCUCUCCAUCUGAAGAAGGAGACUGAGAGAAUCACCUCCAAAAAGGAGGCCACAAGCAAGAGAAAGGCAGAGCUGGACGAACAGCUGUCAGAAAUGGGCCAGCUGCUGAAGAAUAUGGAGACACAGCUGCAGAGGCUUGAGGAGGAGCGUCAGACGGAGCUGCAGGAGCUGGAGAACCAGAGGAGGCUGCUAGAGGCGGCAGAGCACAGACAGGGCGAGCUGCAGCAGGAGCAGAGCAUGACCAGUGAGAAGCUGGCAGCCUUAAGCUCUCAGAGGUGCUUGUUGGAAAUAAACCUCAGUCACGCUGCAUCGGAGAAGCAGAGCGUGCGUGAAAUCUUGGGCAGACGGGUGCGAGAGAAAGAGAGGCAGCUGCGUAGCCUGAAGAAACUGGAGCUUCAGGUGAAGCUGGCCAGUGAAGCACUAGAAUACACAGAGUCCCAGUACAGCAGAACCAAAACACAGAGGGACGCAGUGCCUAAGAGCGACGGAAUACUACAGAGGAGAAAGAAGCUGGAAAGAGAAGUUGAAAUUCUGAAGCGUAACAUCAUGCACCAGCAAUCGAUGACAGAGGCGGAGGCUCUGGCGGUAGAGAAGGCCCUGGAGAAGGAGCAAGCACUGAUGCAGGAGGCACACCAGCGCAGGCAGAACCUGCACCACCUUAGGUGCCUGACCCAGAUCAAAGCGGACGAGAGGCAGCAGAAAUCUCGGGAGCUGAUCCGAGCUCAGCAAAGGUUCAACCGCAUCAAACAGGAGCUGAAAGGUAAAAGCUUGGUGAUUUGGGAGCACAGGAGGGAAACGCAGGAUGUGCAGGCCAGGCUAAGCGCAUUUGCCAAACUGUUUGACAUUGUGAAGAACGAGCGGAACAGGUGUGUCCAUCUCAUCCAAACGGCUUCUCAGAACUUGGAGAAGAUGCAGGAGAACUCCAGAUUCCAGGAGAAUCAAAUGAGGAUCAUGCACACCACCGCCACCAACUACGAAAAGCUGCUCCAGAAAUCCCAGCUUAAGCACCGACACAGCUGCACCAUCCGUGACGGUCUGAGGGACGACAUCUCUAAGGUGGCCUGUGCCCUGACCUCCAUGAGCGAGCGGCGUGAGGAGCAGAAGCUAAGCAUCGGCAGCCUCACUCAGACCAUCGAUCUCUGCGAGCAGAGCCUGCUUCACCUGCAGAAGAGCCAUGACCAAGCCAAGCAGAGUCGCAGGGAACGUGGCAUCCAGCUGCUGGAACGCGAGCAGGAGAUUCACAGCUUGCAGAAGAAACUGAGCCUGCAGGACAGCCGACUACAAGAAGGCAACAUGGAGGUGCAGGGCAUGGAGGAAGAGAUCCGCUUCCUGAAUGUGCAUGUCAGGAAAGAGAAGAGGCAGAUUAAACUGCUGUGCAAGCAGCUCCUCGACAAGAAGGCUCUGGAGGAACAGAUCACCACACUACAGAAGCAGCUUCUGGAGUGCAGAGACCGGGUGCAGGAGCUGGAGGAGGCCGUGGCAGACCCAGCCCGGGACAACCGCAUUCGGAGCCUGGCUGGGGAAGACCCCACGCCUGCAAAGCUGUCCAAGAAGAUUGAACAGCUGGAGGAACAUCUGGCCGAGCAGGAGAAUCAGCUGCUGGAGAAGGAGCUGCUGUACGAACAAGUAACCCGGCUCUGCGAGAGAAUUCAGGCCAAAGCCGAGAACGGCAAGCAGGACACGCUGGAUCUAGCCAAGAAGGUAAAUAAGGUGCAGGGGCGUAUCAAAGACACGACGCGGAAGAUGAUGGCAUUGCUGUCGGAGCUGUCCAUGCAGCAAGCCACUGCCAUGACCCUGCAGCAGGAGCUGAAGAACAGGGAACGCCAUCUGGACUCCUGCUGCACACGGCUGGAACAGGGCCUGCCUCCCUCGCCCGACAUGGAGUUAGAGUGGCAGCGUGCCCAGAGUGAUAAACACCAUCGCAAGGCAUUCCUUCAGGAGAGGGCCAGGCUCAUGGAAGAGGAGAAGAGGAACCAGCUCCCGGACGGCACAUACACCACGGCUGAACCACGGCCCAACUCCUACCUUCCCCAGGGGGCCGAGCUCCCCCUGCCUCGGCCCUAUGGAGCCCUGGCCCCCUUCAAACCCACUGAGCUGGGCAGCAACAUGAGGCACAUCCGCAAGCCUGAACCCAAGCCCAUUGAGAUAUAG